AUGGCAGCCAAGAAAGAUGAAUUCUCCGUCAAGCAAAUCUCUCCAAAGCUGGGGGGAGAAAGAGGAGCUCGAAACCCUUACGGCCCAACUUCUUCAUACGACCUCGUCGAACAGAUGGAUUUUCUUUACGUAGAAGUAAUCCAAGCCUCUAACGAAGGAGCCCUCGGAUGUGACCCUAUCGUCGAAAUCACUCUUGGAAACUACAAAUCCUCUACCAAAGAUCUGCCAAUUGGACCACUAAAUACGGAUUGGAAUCAAGUCUUCGCUUUCGACAAAACUAAAGGUGAUGUCUUGUCCGUUACUCUCAAAGACCGUACGACCAAUACCGUAGUCGCCAAGCGAAACUUCAAGCUGGCCGCGGAUAUUCCUACUAGGGUUCCUCCUGAUGCAAGAAUCGCGCCACAAUGGUACACCAUGCAGAAUACGGAAACCGGUCAUCACAUGAAGUUGCUGAUGUCGGUUUGGUUCGGUACGCAAGUUGAUGAGGUUUAUCCAGAGGCUUGGUUUUCAGACGCCUCUGAAGUGAGUCCUAGUUGCGUGAUCAACACGCGACCGAAGGUCUACCUAGCUCCAAGGCUCUGUUACGUUAGGGUUACCAUUGUUUCAGGUCACGAUUUGAUUCCUACUGAUAGAAAGCGGACUCCUUCGGUGUACGUGACGGCAACUCUAGAUAAAGUAGCUCUAAAGACGGGAGUUUCUUCCGGUACGAACCCGUCAUGGAACCAAGAUCUAAUAUUUGUUGCAUCAGAGCCGUUAGAAGGAACUGUCCACAUUAGAUUAAUUGACAGAGUCGACGAUCAACACGAAGAAUGCAUAGGUUCAUUAAAGAAGAAGCUCUCAGAGAUGACUCCGCUUAAACUUCCAAGUUCCGCACCGGCUUUGUUCUACGACAUCGAACCGCCGGUUAAGGUCGAACCGGCCGGCGAUUCGAGGAGGUUCGCUAGCAGGCUUAAGAUGAAACUAGCGACUGAUCAAGCAUAUCACGUCGCUGAUGAAUGCAUCCAAUACGCGAGCGACUACAGAGCUUUCGCCAAAGGGUUAUGGCCGUGUCUUCUCGGGAAAUUAGAAAUCGGGAUUUUGGGUGCGACAGGUUUAAAGGGAAGAGAUGAGAAAAAACAAGGUAUCGACAGUUAUGUGGUGGCUAAAUAUGGGAAUAAAUGGGUGAGGACUCGAACCGUGGUUGAUAGUGUCUCACCUAAGUGGAACGAGCAGUAUUCGUGGGAUGUUUACGACAAGUGCACGGUCUUAACGCUUGGAGUCUACGACAACCGACAAAUAACUUGGAACAGUAAAGCUAAUGAUGUUCCUAUCGGGAAAGUGAGGAUCCCAUUGAACCGUGUUCAAUAUGACUGGCUUUACGCGUAUUCGUGUCCGAUUCUGUAUUUAGGAGCCACCGGAUUGAAAAAGAUGGGAGAGAUUCAGCUAACCGUUCGUUGCGUCUGUGUUGCGCAAGACUACGCACGUUGGACAGCUCCUUUCCGAUGGAUGUUACCGAAAGCACAUUACAAAUCUCCUUUGUCGAUGUAUCAGAUCGACAAGUUAAGGGCACAAGCUGUAGAGAUAAACUGUGCGAAUCUUGCGAAAAUGGAGCCUCCUUUGAGAAACGAAGUCGUGUCGGAUAUGUUGAAGCCGAAGACAAAUACAAGACACUCGAGAUGUGAGAAGCAGAAACUGGCUGCGCUUUGUCUCUUUGAAAUAUUCAUUUGUUGCACCUCUUUGGUAGUUGGGUUGGCGAUUUACGUGGCUGUGGCUUGGAUAACACUCUUAGGUAUAUGGGGAUUUUACAAGUUUAUGAUACGAACAUAUAACAAGUUGUGGCAUGGGAUCGAAACACCUCCACCUCCAUUGAUUGUCAACGAUGUUAAGCUCUGGAAGCUUGACUCGCCCAACCUAGAUGAGUUAGACGAAGAGUUUGACUCGUUCCCGACCUCGGUGAGCGAUGUGAACGUCAUACGGAUGCGGUACGAUAGAUUGAAGAUGGUUGGUGAGAAACUAAUGACGCUACUUGGGAAUAUUGCGUCACAAGGUGAAAGGCUUUAUGCGCUUUUGAUGUUUUGUGGCGAUCCAUUGGCUUUGAUGUACUUCUUUGGUUUGGUGGUCGCGCUUAUUUGGUACUAUAUCCCCAUGUUUGUUUGGGCUUUUCCAUUGAUAGGCUAUUGGCUCAAUUUUGCGUGCCUUCGCAACGAUUUGCCAGCUGCACCCAACAACUUAUUCAGAAGAUUGCCCACCAACGAAGAUAUGUUCUGCUGA